AUGGCGAGGUUGGACUCCAUUGUCAGGCUGAAAGAGCGCCUGCAGAUGGCAGAGAUGGGCUGCGAAACGCUGCGAAAUCUGUACCAAAUUUACAGACUUCGCUGGUUAGAGGAAAAUUACCGGGCAAGGAUGAUGGAGAAAUACGUACCGAGUGGAAUCAGUACUUGUUCUCCUCAUCAGAUUGCAUGGGACGCCCCUUCUCCAACUCAAAGCGAAUACGAACUUGAGGUUGAUGGCUGA